CAGAGUACUGAAAAGGCACUCGUGAUCAGUCACGAUAUUGUCAGAAGCUUUCCGCCCUCGUCCUUUGGUGAGCUAUCUUGACAAAAGUUUCUCACACCAAAGGUGACAAAGUUAUGAGAGAGCUGUCUUCUGAGGAAUCCAGCUGUACUCCAAGAGCGACAAGGCUAACGCUGUUUUUCAAAAAAAUCUUUGAAGGAAGACUUGCUUCAAAUCGUCAAUGAAUUGCGCAGUGGGUAAGAUGUAAGAGUUAGUAAGAUGAGCGGAAAGAACCAAGGGCGGAACAGGAGGAAAGCACACACGUUUGGUUCGGCGCAACACGCCCGCCCGCCCGCCCGCCCGCCCAGCUGUAAAGGGCAGAGGUGCUGAGCUGUCCUUUCUCCUCCUGCGGGCUUUUUACAGCUGUAUAUAUCCGCAUCCUGUGAGUGGACCAUCUUCUCAUGGCUGCGUCGUGUGGGCAGCUUCCAGCUGCAUUUUCUUUCCCCUGGAGGAUCCUGGAAUAGCUGCAACAUCCUCAUCCUUCUUCUCAAGGCGAAGCAAGCUGGGGGUGGGGGAAGGAGAAAUAAGAGAGGAAAUGGCAUUCCGAGCUGAUUGUUGGCAGCGGCGGCUGACAUCUUCGCGCAGGGAGGAGCAGAAGGGUGGGAUUUUGUGCAACCAAGCCCCCUCACCUCCCUGCCAACACCAAGUUCCUGCUCAGGACUUGAUGCUGUCGAAUGAAGAACAGGUUCCCUGUUAGAAAACGUGUUUGGUGAAAGAUUUGGGGGAUAUCUGAGGCUGUUUCAGCGCUGCCUUUUUCGUCCCCCAUGCGUGCUGCUUCUUUCCAAAAUUCCGGGCUGCACUUAGUGUUACUGGAAGAUUCAGGAUGGAGAUUCACGCUUUCUGGUUGAUACAACUUUUCCUCUUUGUGUUGUGGGUUAAUGGUCUGCUGACAAUUGGAUUAGCAGGUGCACAACAAGGGAUUGUCUGCAAUGAAUCCCUCAUGUUACAAAACUUGCCAUUGUGUGGAAAAUCCUUUGAAGAGAUGAUGCACAAAGUGGACUCUAGAAAAUGGUGCAAUCUAACAGAAUUUAUCCUGUAUUACAACAACUUUACCCUGUGUACAGAACGCAAGGCUGCAACAGCAAAGUGCUUUUGGCCUAACCCCCUUGCUGAGGGCUUCAUCACUGGAAUCCAUAGACAAUUCUUUUCAAACUGUACUUCAGAAAAAGUGCAUUGGGAAGAUCCACCGGAUAAAAUUCUGAUUACCCUGAUUUUUGUACCAGUUCUCCUGACAAUUGCCAUGAUCGGGCUCGUGGUAUGGUGUAGUAAGAGAAGUGAUAUUUUAGUGUAACUCAGCCUUCAUCACCAUUCUUUAUUCUUUUUAUUUUACUUUUUUUCUGAAUGACUGAAAAAAAUCAUAUAUUUUAUACAUACAGAAUUCUAAGCUGUGUCAAGCAAUAAGGGAAAUAGUUCUGUAGCCACACAAGCCUACUACCUAUAGCCAUUACUUCUCUAAUAUUACAGAAAGUAUUUUGAAAAGGAAACCAUGGCUGAUUGUCAUAUUUCUGUAAUGAAAGCCAUAUGGAGAGAAGUGAAAAUAUUAUCUGAACCUCCUAUCUAUCAUGGUAAAAAAAAUUAAGAGGUAAUCUUAGCUGUUGGAAGGGUUUUUUUUUUAGUUAUACACACACAUAUAUUUACUCUAUGGGUUGUUUGGGAAUUAAAAGUAAGCAUUAAAGGACUUUAAGUAUGAAAUUUUACAGGCCUUUCUGACCAAAGAGAUAUAACAUGAGUGUUGAUGAAGAACCUGAUUUCCUCACUCUUCUAUAUGCAAAAUGAAUAACCACAUGCAAAGGAAGGCUAGAAACACUAUGAGCAGCAAAUGGUCAGUGAAUCAAUUCACAACAUUGCAUUAGGUCUUCUUCAUGUAAGGAAAUAUCGAAAAUGGUAUCAUGGAGCUGGAAGCAUACAGAAUGAUCUUCAGGAAAGAUGCAGGUUUUUUGUUUUACAAAGGUGGGAAAAAAACCAAGAGGAAGUUGGUUGACUGUGAAUUUGUUAAAGUGGCAAAGGAAUUAUCUGCCCCUCUCUUUCUCUCUUUUAAUUACCACUGUUAUUGUUAAUUUUAAGACCAUUUCCCCACUGUAUGUUCCAAAGCUUUCUUGUAAUAUACUUUAUUUAAAUCUAAUAAGAAGAAAAUUCUGCCACUAUGUUAGAACAUGUGCCUUUCAGAGUUUGUGAACUGGAAGAUACUUUACUGGUCACUUUUUGGAAAUGAACUUCCCAUACAGAUUUGCACAUAUAAGAUGGGAUAGUAACUUCCAUCAACAAACAUACUAUGUGGGAGACUGUAUGUCCAUAUGACAUGAUAAAAAUAUAUGUAACAACUUUGAGUCUCACAGUAAAAAUUAUAUUUGCCACAUUCAAAGUGUCCUGCAAGCUAAAUAUUUCAUUCUAACUGCUAAGAUUUUUCAGUCAUAAAUGUUUUUGUUUCCAUACUUUGCACUAGAGAUGUGCAGGGAUGUGGUAGAUUUCUACCCAAUUCGGAUUUGAUACUGAAUUUUCCAUUAAUUCACUUAUUCUCUAUUGUUGCAGAUUGGAUUUUUAUGUAGCAAUUUUCCAUUACUAUUUAUGAAUAGUUUUUUUAAAAAAAACUGCCUCUAAAAUAUUAAAUCUGUGAUAUUGAUAUUAAGAAUGAUAAUUUUAUUGAUAUAUCCUUUCAUUUAUCAAUAUUUACUUUAAAACCAUCAAUAUUAAUAUCACUUUUUUGUGUGUGAGAGGAAAAAAAGGAUUGGUAAAAGCAGUAGCUAGUGGACAAAGAACAAACUCAAAUUAAUACCAGCCUUUUAGGUCAGCUGAAUGCUUUUGAACUGGCACCAGCCAAUGGAUCCCAUCCCUACCUUGCACAAAUAAAUAAAUGCUUACUAUUUGUCUGUUGUGCAUGCAGAAGUUUCAUUGUUAUUUAAAGUUUCAAUUUGGUAUUCAUGAUAUAUUUGGGUAAAGUACAUGAACUAUGUGUCUCGAUCUAUGUUAACA